GUAAAAGUUCCUCAUACUAUUAUUUGUGAAAGUAAAGAAAAAGCAUUAAAAAUUAUAAAAACCGAUCCAGGAUUAAAAAGUGAUAUGCCUAAUUUUGCUGAAUUAUUUGGUUUUCGCAAAUUAAUUAAUUCUAUCGCUCAUGAACUAGUCCAAUUUCAUUAA